ACGGUGAGAUUGUUAACUUAUCUAGUUCGAUAAACAAAAAUGCGAAAAAGUAGUUUUAAUUAAUCAUGUGUAUAGUUUUGUGAUUUGAACCACGUGAAUCCAAUCGAUGUUUGCGCGCGCAUUCCUCCGUGACCAACAGAACCGUCAGAACAGUACGGCUUCGACACGAGGCGAGAGCACAGUUCGUUUUGCAGUAAUUCAAUGAGAAAACCGAACGGAAAUAAACAAAAAUAAAAUAAAUAAAGAAGAUUAAACAAUAUUUUUUUUUCAAAGAUAAGCUUGUCCGUUACUUGUAAUGGAUAAAGGCCAACAAUUCACAGAGUACUUGUUCGCUAAGAUGGGGCCCGGUGAUCGUGGGCCGAAGACUACAGAGGAACGAUCAGCACCAUUAGAGCCAACCGGCUGGAGGAAGUGCGUUAUCCAUAAUACCAUGCUUGUGGUCACUCUCGUCGGCGUCGUCGCUGGGAUUGCAUUAGGGUUCGGUUUGCGGCCCUAUCAACUAGGUCCGGACACGUUGGUCCUCAUCUCAUAUCCGGGCGAGCUCUUCAUGAGGCUACUGAAACUCAUGAUACUGCCGCUGAUCAUAGCCAGCCUGAUCGCCGGUUCCGCAAGUCUUAACGCUAAGAUGAGCGGGAGGAUCGCAGUGAGAACAUUAGUUUAUUUCAUUUUAACUUCAAUGUUCAACGCGUUUCUUGGUAUCGUAAUGGCGGUCCUGAUCCAUCCCGGACAGCCGGAACUGAAGGAGGACGUUCUGGUCGCUGCCGGCAGUAAGAAAGAUCACAGCAUUCUGGAUAGCUUGCUGGAUAUAGGAAGAAACAUAUUCCCCGAUAACAUAGUGCAGGCGGCUUUCCAGCAAGCGCACACGGUGUACGUCGAGGAGACCACGUUGCUUGCCAAGAAUUCAACCGAGAAUGGCACUGUGCCGACUUUGGUACGAGUCGUGUCUUACAGAUCUGGCACAAAUACUUUAGGUCUGGUAUUCUUCUGCCUGGUUUUUGGAAGUCUUCUCGGAUCUUUGGGCGCAAAAGGCCAAGUAGUCAUAGAUUUCUUUCAAGCUAUAUUUGAAGUGAUCAUGAAAAUGGUAGCUGGAGUGAUGUGGUUCACCCCGUUUGGUGUCAGCAGUAUUAUAGCUGGGAAGAUAUUGGGUGUAGCAGAUGUGGCACACGUGAUGUCCCAGUUGGCAUGGUUCAUAGCGACAGUGGCCGUGGGAGUGUUCCUUUAUCAGCUCAUAGUGAUGCAACUGAUAUAUUUCAUAGUCGUGAAAAAGAAUCCGUAUAAGUUCUACUGGGGACUGUCGCACGCUAUGCUAACUGCCUCAGCUACGGCGUCAACUGCAGCAGCGUUGCCCGUCACCUUCAAAGCAAUGGAAGGUCCACUCAGGAUCGAUGUCCGCAUCACUAGGUUCGUUCUUCCGAUUGGCUGUAACAUCAACAUGGACGGCACCGCUCUCUUCAUAGCGAUAGCCGCGGUCUUCAUAUGCCAAAUGAACAAUAUGACUUUGGGUUUUGCUCAAUUGGCAACUAUAUUUUUGACGUCGACGGCCGCGUCUCUGUCGUCGGCGUCGGUACCGUCGGCGGCGCUGGUGUUGCUGCUGGUGGUGCUGUCCUCAGUGGACGCGCCUGCGCAGGACGUGUCUCUGUUAUUCGCUGUGGACUGGCUCGUUGAUAGGAUUCGCACAACGAACAACAUGCUCGGCGACUGCUACGCGGCCGCCGUCGUGGAGCAUCUGUCUAAGAACGAGCUGAUGGCGUGCGAUGCGGCUUCCAUUGAAGCUACGACCGGGAUAACUCCGAGCACAGAAGAAGCCUUAACCACGCCAGGGAAGCAGUCGAUCGUAUCGGACGACAUCGUCAUUGACAUGCACAAUCACAACAACGUCGAAAGGAUUUAGUUCUUACAAAAAGAGUCUCUGAGACUCUUAUAAAUGAUAAAAAGUAUUAAAAAGAAGAUUUAGUAAGAGAAAGGCUUCAUACAAGUCUCUCAAAGCUUUCAUUACAAUACAAUGAUGUCAUCUAUGUAGAUGUUGAUAUUUUUUAUUUAUUGAUAAAACGUUAAGAGAUCAAAUUAUUAAAUUGUAAUUGAUGGACUGAUAUGUAACAGGUAUAUAAUUAUAUGUAGGACGUUUUUUUUUUUUAAAUAAAAUAUGUAUGUACUAUAAGGAUUAAUUAAAAUAAUUCCAAGAUAAUUGAACAAUGCUGAACUUCUGUGUGAUCUAUGAAGAUUUUGCAUCGUUGUCUUUUCAAAUAACAUGCUCGUCUAACUCUAGAAGAUCUUCUAUCACUUCUCCGUUAACGUAUUUAUAAAUAGCAAUAAAUCACGAAGCAUCUCUUUUACUAAAUCCUCUCAUUUUACUCCUUUAUUAAAAGAUCUUCGCAAUCUUUUCGCUCUGUGAGCAGUUAACCGCGUAGAUUCUUGUUCUUAUGGUUUACUGGCUUGCAUCGGAUACAUGAUGCAAGCAAUUACUAGAGUAAGUAGUAACUGAUUCUUAACAAUUAUUUUAAUGAUUUAUGAAUAAUAUCUAUGACGGUAAGUUUUCGAAUACCAUACCAAUAUUUUAGAUUUUUCAAAUAUGGGUUCGGUAAUGUUGUGUAAAUAAUUAUUGUUUACGGUUUAGUCUAGAACUAAUUUAGAUCAUUUUGUGUUUUAAUUUUUUAUAAUUUCAUUAAAAUGAAAUGAAUAGAUUAUAUAGCAUACAUUUAUACAUGAAGUUCACAAGUUCUUUAAAGUCCGAAUUAGUCUUUUCACAAAAAAAAAAGAUCGCGUGAUAUUGAGACGUGGCGGCCGUAAUGGUCCCACGUUGUCCAUAUGGACAUGAGAAAAGCGUUAGGAAGAAACAGGAAAAGUAUAAGUGGGUGAUUGGCAAUGGCGGUGGACUUUGUUUUUCUGACAAUCUGUGCAUUCACUGACCCACUGUCUGCGUUCUUUCUGUGCUCCAGGCCAGUUAAAUCUAUUCGUAACCAUUCUUGCAGUGGCUUUCGCACCUGGUGCGCGUCAAACAUAGGUUUCCUGAAAGCUACUCUCAUAAUAAUAUGUGGUCGUGGAUAUGUCGCAGUAAAUUUCCUUGUCGGAGUCUGGUAUUUUAAUUUUCUUCAGAUCUAGUUCUGAACCUUUCUGUAGCAGUUUUUGUAAUCCUAGAUCCGAGUCUUGUGAUGCUGCGAGUGCGGUGUAGUCUAUAAUGCGACUAAUUUCCUCUAUGCGGGAGAGCGCGUCGGUUACAACAUUUUGGCUUCCUUGGACAUACCGGAUAUUCGUUGUAAAUUGGGAGAUGAAGUCCAGAUACCGACAUUGCCUUGGAGAGCAUUUUUCACGAUUAUAAGAGAAAGCAAAUGACAGGGGUUUAUGAUCCGUAAAAAACUGUGAAUGGUCUUGCUUCUACCAUAUGGUGAAAAUGGGGUAUUGCGUUGUAUAUAGCCAACAGCUCACGAUCACAUGGGCUAUACUUCUUUUCUGCAGAGGCGUCGUGAAAAGAAUCCCAGUGGCUUCCAAUUGUCUUUACACUUUUGGUGAAGUGCGGCUCCCAUGGGCGUAUCGGACGCGUCUGUGAACAUUGGACUACUCGUAUUGUAAAAUACAAAAUCGCUUGCGCUCGGUGAUAGUAGAUAGGCUCUUACAGGUAGGCAAAUCGGGGACUGAGGGAGCUAUUCUGAACCAAAUAAUACUGGUAUGGGAGUACUCCUCUUUAAAGGCAGUGCAAUAUAUGGAUGCUUUCAUAAAAUCGCAUUGUCGGGCCUUAGAAAUACCCGCCGUAUUAGAUCAAGCCAUCUUGUUAAGAGAAAAGUGUGCCGCAGCCUCUCUGUCGGACCCCUUGUUGUUCUAUAGUCGCGUCCGAGAUCCCAACUGCCACUAAGAGCUGACGCAUUCACACUUCACCGAUUUGUACUAUGCAGCAAUUACAUAUGCGAAAGGAAACAAGAUUAUCGGGGAAAAUUUCCAAAUGUCAACCUCACAUGUGUCUACACACGUAGCCAAGAUCGACAAAUUCAUUAGAAAGACGGCAUCGGCAGAACUGGGGGAGCCAUCAGAAGACUCCCGCGUCAAGCUGCUCAAGCUUGGGUACCCGGCCGUACGUAGGAAACGCCCCACAGAGAGACCCUCCGAGGACAAAGCGAGCAGCGACGAGGAACCCCCCGCCCGUGUCGGUCCCGCAAACACUAAUGCUCCGGGGUACCCCUCCCCAGGCCCGCUCUAUCCAAGCCCCCCAAUCCCGACAAAGUGUCUUUAAAAAAAAAACGAAUGAAACGCUGAGCGUUAGGACGCGUAGGUCCGCAAACUCGUGGCCAUCACCGCUUCACCUCGCGCCUAAGAAAGACAGCGGCUGGCGACCUUGCGGGGACUAUCGGGCACUGAACGCGCGUACAAUCCCGGACAAAUAUCCAAACCGCCACAUGCAAGACUUCUCGCAGCAACUAGCAGGAACCAAAAGCUACUCAAAAAUUGACUUAGUUAAAGCUUACCAUCAGAUACCGAGUCACAAGGCAGAUAUCCCAAAGGCAACAAUAACUACACCGUUCAGAUUAUUUGAAUUCCCAUAUAUGACCAUAUUCGGACUGCGAAACGCAGCACAGAACUUUCAAAGAUUCAUAGACGAAAUGCUUAAGGAUCUGUCAUUUUGUUACGGGUUCUUAGAUGAUAUUUUGCUUGCUUCUCCAGAUGAGACCUCACACCUCCAAUGCCUUCGGCAGCUGUUCCAGUGCUUAGCAGAAUAUGGCAUGCUCAUUAACACUAACAAGUGCGAAUUUGGUAACGCAUGUAUCGCCAUCCUGGGCUAUGAGUUGAGUACAGAAGGCAUUAAGCCGCUACCAGAAAAAAACGCAGGCAAUCAUGAACAACCCACCACCGACAGUAAAAGAACUUCGCCGAUUUUCAGGAAUGUACAAUUUUUAUCGUCGAUUUGUACCUAAUGCGGCCAAAUUUCAAAGUCCAUUAAACGACAUACUAACUGGACCUAAAACAAAGGGAACACAGAGCAUUACAAUGACUCCUGAACAACAGGAAGCUUUCAAUAGCUGCAAGACAAGUUUUUCCGAAGCAGUGAUGCUUGCACAUCCAGGACCUGUCGCACAGUUGGCCAUGUUCACAGACGCGUCCGAUACGUCCACGGGAGCCGUACUUCACCAAAAGUGUAAAGAUAAUUGGAAGCAACUUGGAUUCAUUUCCCGACGUCUCCCUUUUGCAGAAAAGAAGUAUAGCCCAUAAUAUGAUCCUAAGCUGCUGGCUUUAUACAACGCAAUACGCCAUUUUCGCCAUAUGGUAAAAAUCAAGACCAUUCACAGUUUUUAUAAUAUUAUCACUUUAAUAUUAUAUCAAAUAAUGAAUCUGUCAAUUAAACGUUUUAUUCAAUAGGGUACCAUGUACAGUUUUGUAGUUAUUUAAGUUAAAUUUGAAUUAUAUUGCAUUUAGAUAAUUAUUCAUUGCAUAUAACGAAACUUUGAUUUAAAAAUCUCUAUGAAGAUUUUUAAAGAUGUUUCCAAAAUUUUGUUGUAUGUAUCAUAGGCAUAUUCAAUACUGAGUUACUUAAAAUUAACUUCAAAAUCAAUAAAUAUUAGGUUGUAUCUGUCAUAUUCCAAGUAUAUCAAUACGUAGGUAUAAGAAUUUAAUAAUAUAUCAUCAUUAGAUAUCAGUGAAUCGGUACUGUGUUAUAGUUAAGGAGGCUAAAUUUUUAUACCUACUAUUACAAUAUAUUAUAAUAUACUAGUCGUAGAGAAGCUAAUUUAAUCUAUAAUAUAUACCAAAGAACUAAAGAUUUACAAAAUAAUGAAAGGAUUUUUGAAAUUUUAUCGUAAAAUGUGAUUUUGAAUUACAUAUUUAUGUGUUCAGGUUUUGAAACCGAGAACUGUGAUGAGAAGUUUCUUUUAGAAACCUGUUUACUGAAAUUCAAUAUUAUAUCGUGUGUCUUAAUAUUUGAGCAUAAUCGAAAUAAAGUACUAAAGAUUAAUGUUUCAAAGCUUCUGAAUAAACACGAGAAUAAGUACUUACAUGAAUUUGUCAUAUGCUAUUAAUGUUGCAUUAAUUUAUAAUAUACUAGCGACCCGCCCUCGCUUUGCUUCGGAAACAUUAAAUUUUAUUAUUGAUAGUUGAGUCCCGUGAUGUUACCCGCUGUUAUUGUCAUGCCGCGGAUGCCGCCGCGGGGCGAAGCUAGUCUAAAUAAAGUCUCCUAAGUUACUCCUUAUUAUAUCACCUACCUGCCAAUAAAAGUCCCGUAAAAAUCUGUCCAGCCAUUUCAGAGAUUAACCGGAACAAACAGACAGACAGACAAUAAAUUGUAAAAAAUGUUAAUUUGGUGUAUGUAUGUACCGUAUAUAUUAUAUAUAUUCAUAUGCAUGUAGUAAAAAACGGUUAUUUCAAUAUUACAAACAAACAAUCCGAUUUUAUUUAUAUGUAUAGAUUUAAAUAUACUUGGGCGAUUUCGCCUGUGAGUAUAUAUAUGAAUGGAAUAUAAAUAUGAAUGGAGACCUCGUACUGGACAACACAUUGGCUUAGAAUACCCCGAAUAUUACAAUAUUAGUGUUUAUAUUGAUUAUGUCGUCGUCGUGGCCUAAAAGAUCAGACGUCCGGUGCAUUCGUGUUGAGCGACGCACCGGUGUUCGAAUCUCGCAGGCGGGUACCAAUUUUUCUAAUGAAAUACGUACUCAACAAAUGUUCACGAUUGACUUCCACGGUGAAAGAAUAACAUCGUGUGUUAAAAAACAAACCCGCAAAAUUAUAAUUUGCGUAAUUACUGGUGGUAGGACCUCUUGAGAGUCCGCGCGGGUAGGUACCACCGCCCUGCCUAUUUCUGCCGUGAAGCAGUAAUGCGUUUCGGUUUGAAGGGUGGGGCAGCCGUUGUAACUAUACUGAGACCUUAGAACUUAUAUCUCAAGGUGGGUGGCGCAUUUACGUUGUACAUGUCUAUGGGCUCCAGUAACCACUUAACACCAGGUGGACUGUGAGCUCGUCCACCCAUCUAAGCAAUAAAAAAAUUUAUAAGUAGUCAAUUAUCUUUAGAACAAUUUGCAAUAUAAAAUCAUCUUUAAUACUAUUACUGUGUGUACUUUAAAUUCCACAGUAUAAUAUAAACUAACAUAAGGGUAUUCGGUAAUAAUGCACGCUGGCAAUAUUGUUAUUAGAGGUUUAAUAAUGAUAAUAAUAAAACUGCUCAAUAUUA